AAGAGUAAAGUGGAGGACGAAGAGGAAGAAGAAGAAGAAGAAGAAGAAGAAGAAGAAGAAGAAGAUCAAAGCCAAAAAACAAAAGAAAAUACUACUAACUCAUUUCAUGUCGGAGACUUCCCGGACUCUCUUCAACUAGCUCUAAAAACUUUCUCUUUUCUUUUUUCGUUUUCUUCGUUUUAGUGUUUUAAGGAAAACGAGAGGAGAGAGAGGGAGGGAGAGAGAGAGAGAAAGAGAAAUCGAUAGAGAGAAAUCGAGAGAGAGAGCUAAGAGAUGUAUGUAGUGACGCCUCCUCAAAGAUCGGAUUUGAGAUCCAACUGCGAUUUGCGGGUUUAUCAGACAUGGAAAGGAAGCAAUAUAUUUUGUCUUCAAGGAAGGUUUAUUUUUGGGCCAGACGUAAGAUCACUUGGUCUGACCAUAAGUCUCAUUGUGGUCCCUGUUACAAUCUUCUGCAUCUUCGUCGCUAGCAAGCUAAUUGAAGACUUCUCUGAUAGUUGGGGAGUAUCAGUAGUCUCUGUUGCUGUUGUCUUCACCGUUUAUGAUUUAAUUCUUCUGAUGCUUACCUCCGCAAGAGAUCCAGGGAUUAUCCCAAGAAACUCUCAUCCUCCAGAGCCAGAAGUUCUUGAUGGCAACACGAACUCGGGGACAAGUUUAACUCCAAGAUUGCCUCGCGUAAAGGAAGUGGAAGUUAAUGGAAUCAUAUUUAAAGUCAAGUACUGUGACACUUGCAUGCUCUAUAGACCUCCUCGCUGCUCACACUGUUCGAUUUGCAACAACUGCGUAGAAAGGUUUGACCAUCAUUGCCCUUGGGUUGGUCAAUGUAUUGCUCAAAGGAACUAUCGAUUCUUCUUCAUGUUUGUCUUCUCAACGACUCUUCUCUGUGUAUAUGUGUUGGCUUUCUGCUGUGUCUAUAUAAGGAAGAUAAAAGAAUCUGAAAAUGUAACCAUUUGGAAAGCAAUGCUCAAAACUCCAGCUUCCAUUGCUCUGAUAAUCUACACGUUCAUAUCGAUGUGGUUCGUUGGAGGCUUAACUGGUUUCCAUCUCUAUCUCAUCAGCACAAAUCAGACUACAUAUGAGAAUUUCAGAUACAGUUAUGACCGGCGUAGCAACCCACACAACAAAGGAGUGGUUGAUAACUUUAAAGAAAUCUUCUAUUCCGCGAUACCUCCUUCGAAGAACAAUUUCAGAGCUAUGGUACCAAGGGAAGCUCCAGUAAUGAUGCCAUCAAGAUCAGCUGUUGGGGGUUUUAUGAGUCCAAACAUGGGAAGAGCUAAUGAUGAGAUUGAGAUGGGAAGGAAAGGUGUUUGGGCAAUGGCUGAACAUGGUGAUGACAAAAACGGUAAUAACAAUGAACGGUUCCAUGUUAACGAACACGAGUUAGGGGAGUUAUCAUCAGGCGUUAGGACGGAGGUGGAUGAUGAUGCACGAACCGAUAGGCCAAACAUUCCUCCAAGGCACGCAAGCUGGGAAAUGUCACCAGAAGUUAUGGCCUUAGCAGCAAGAAGAACUUAGAAACAUGCCAAAAGAAAAAAUUGAGAGGUGUUUUCAGAUGUGAUUUCAGCUUUGAUUUAUUGUUGUACUGUGGGUUAUACAGUGGAAAUCAAUAGUUGUAGGUACUCUUUUUUUCAGAAGUUUGUAGUUCAACUUCAGACAGUUCAAAUCUUAAAAUCAUUGUGUUUAAUGUAUUCUACGAUUUUUACCA